AUGGACUCUCAGGGCGGCAGCCUCAAGGCUGGUCAUCUAUGCGUCCUCGUCCACGGACUUUGGGGCAAUCCCGAACACAUGCGCAACAUUGCAAAAUGCCUACGCGACGAGUAUUCCCGCGACCAGCUCUAUUUGCUGCUCGCCAAGCGCAACACGGGUAGCUUCACGUACGACGGCAUCGAGCGCGGCGGCGAGCGCGUGUGUGCCGAGAUUGAGGAAGAGCUGCGUAGCAUCGAGGCCGCGGGCGGUCGCAUCACCAAGCUCAGCAUCAUUGGCUACUCGCUCGGCGGGCUGGUCUCGCGGUACACGGUCGGGCUGCUGUACGCCAAGGGCAUCCUCGACCGCAUGGAGUGCAUGAACUUUUGCACAUUUGCGAGUCCGCAUCUCGGCGUGCGCACGCCCCUCCGCGGCUGGCACAACCACAUCUGGAACGUCGUCGGCGCGCGCACGCUGUCCAUGUCGGGUCAGCAGCUGUUCACGACGGACCGCUUCCGCGACACUAACCGGCCGCUGCUACAAGUCAUGGCGGACCCCAAAUCCAUCUUCAUGUCGGGCCUGCGCAAGUUUAAGCGCCACACGCUCUACGCCAACAUCACCAACGACAAGAGCGCCGUCUACUACACGACGUGCAUCCAAAAGACGGACCCGUACCGCAACCUCGACCUCAUCCGCCCCAAUUUUGUGCCCGGCCGCGGCGACGUCAUUCUCGACCCGGAGACGCCGUUCCUGCCGCGACCCAAGCUGGUGUCGACAACGUCCCCGUGGAGCACGCUGCUGGGGUACGCGAAGCGCAUCCCGCUGGCGCUGGCCAUUGCCGUGUUUGUGCCCAUUGGAGUGGCGGCGUACCUGGUCAACUCGGUGAUUCAAAACGUGCGCAGCUCACAGCGCAUCCGGCUGCACGAGCGCGGCCAGCUGGGAAUCAGCAUUGAAGAAUACCGCGUGCCGCUGCUGAUCAAGGAGCUGCGCGGCGAGGUCGAGUCGGCGUAUGAGGCGCUCAACAACUCCCAGCAGCAAGAGUACCUCAAGGACGACGACGACGACGAUGAUGACGAGGAGGGAGAGGAGGGAGCGAUGAAUACAGAAGACAGGCAGAUGCUGACGCGGGAGCGCAGGCUGUCGCAGCCGACGCAGCCGACGCUGGCGCUCGCGCCGUGCCAGUUUGACAUGGUGCGCAACCUGGACACGCUGGGAUGGCGCAAGUAUCCGGUCUGGAUCCACGAUACCGGGCACUCGCACGGGGCUAUUAUUGCGCGGAUCGAUAAGAGGAAGUAUGACGAAGGAUUCAUCGUGCUAGGGCACUAUGCAGAGGAGGAGUUUUUGCUGUAG